AUGAGCGCCAUUCUCUCAGCAGACGAUCUGAACGACUUCAUCUCGCCCGGCGUCGCCUGCAUUAAACCUGUCGAGACCCUCCCCAAGCAGGACGGCUCGGACCCCUACGAAGUCACGACCGAGGACAAGGUCCAGGCACAAAACCCUGCGCCCGCAUCCAUAUCCUUGACUGAUUGCCUCGCCUGCUCGGGCUGUGUCACUUCAGCCGAAGCGGUGCUCGUUUCUCUGCAGUCGCACACCGAAGUCUUGAACACACUAGAUACUCAUCCUUCGUUGGAUGUACGGUACUUGAUUCACAAGAAGAACGGCGUGGUCAAUGGGCAUGUUUCCCCGCCUGCGGAUGCGAAACUCUUCAUCGCGAGCGUGAGCCCGCAGGUCCGGGCAAGUCUGGCUGCUACUUACGGCAUAUCGGAGAGCCAUGCUGGUUUUAUGAUUGAACAAUUUCUUAGUGGAUCGCAAGGUCUGCGGAUAGGUGGACAAAACAACAGUGCCUUCUCUUAUGUGGUUGAUACCAACCAGGCCAGAGAGGCGUGUCUGGUGCUGGGAGCGGAAGAGGUAGCAGAUUCAAUAGCCAGCAAGUCCAAGCCCAGGCCGGUUCUGGCUUCUGCUUGUCCUGGUUGGAUCUGCUACGCUGAGAAGACACAUCCACAUAUCCUCCCUCACUUAUCGAACCUGAAAUCUCCCCAGGCACUGUCGGGAACACUCCUCAAGUCAACGUUAAGCAGCACUCUGGGCAUCCAUCCUUCGCAGAUUUGGCAUCUGGCAGUUAUGCCGUGCUUCGACAAGAAACUCGAGGCCAGCAGAGAGGAGCUUACCGACCGUUGGUGGAGAGAUGCCUCUGACACUUCCACCCCCCCAAUACGCGACGUCGACUGUGUUAUUACUUCCCGCGAACUCCUUUCCCUGGCCUCGGCACGCGGCAUUCAACUAUCCGAGCUCCCACGCAGACCGCUAUCCGCCUUCGAGCGUGUCCCGUUUCCAGACUCUCGAGUCUCGCAGUUCCUCUUCCCAAAGCCACGGCCGCGCAGUGAACAACAAACAGUGAACGCUGGCCCCUCAGGCGGUUAUCUCUAUCACAUCCUCCUCACAGAACAGUCCCACCAUUCCGGCUCGACCAUCUCCGUCCAACGUGGCCGAAAUGCCGAUGUAGUUGAAUAUGCGCUCCUAUCCUCCUCCGGCGUGUCACUGAUGAAAUGUGCACGAUACUACGGCUUCCGAAAUAUUCAGAACCUGGUUCGCAAACUGAAGCCAGCGAGACAGAGUAAAUUACCUGGAGCGGCAAGACGGAUGACGCAAGCUGCCGGCACCGGCAGUGCCAGCGAAUACGCCUACGUGGAAGUCAUGGCUUGUCCCGGAGGUUGUACGAACGGAGGCGGCCAGAUCAAAAUUGACGAUGUCGUUGAGAUUUUGCCGCAAACAAGAGGCGAGGUGGUUGCAAAUUCCGUCAGUCCUCAGGCUCAGAAGGAGUGGUUGCGAAGGGUUGACGAAGCAUAUUAUUCCGCUGAUUCGGAGGAAGACUUCUCUUGUGACGACGAUCUAGGGGAAGUGGAGAUGACGAAUGGUCUCAACGGUCAUGUCAAAGUGAGUGGCCACAAGGAAGGUCAAAUCAUCAACGGCAUCAAUACGGAUGAGGUCCACGACUUGCUCCAUCACUGGUCACAUCUUACUGGUGCGCCGAUAUCCAGUCUUGCAUACACGACCUUCCGCGAGGUCGAGAGUGAUGUGGGUAAGAGCAAGCCAGCGAGCAAGAUGAGUGACACGGAGCGGAUAGCGAGUAUCGCUGGGUUGAGUGGCGGAGGAUGGUAG